GCGAUAGUGGAGUUUGACUACAAGGCUCAGCAUGAUGAUGAGCUGACCAUCACAAUUGGUGACAUAAUCACCAAUGUCAGAAAAGAGGAUGGAGGCUGGUGGGAAGGACAGCUCAAAGGCAGAAGAGGAAAUAAAAAAAGAUGUGAAAAAAGAAAGUAUUGUCAGCAAAGCAUCAGAAAGAUCUAUACAUGAAGUUUCCAAUGGAAGCCCUUUACUGUUGUCUGAGACAAUUAUUAGAACCUCCAAAAAAGGAGAUCGAAAUAGGCGGAGAAGAUGUCAGGUGGCUUUCAGUUACAUGCCUCAGAAUGAAGAUGAGCUGGAGUUAAAAGUUGGAGACAUCAUUGAGGUAGUAGGAGAAGUGGAAGAGGGCUGGUGGGAAGGAGUUCUCAAUGGAAAGACUGGCAUGUUUCCUUCCAAUUUCAUAAAGGAACUCUCAGAAUCUGAUGAUGUGGGAACUGUUCAAGAGGAGCAACUAGUAAAACCAAGAAAAUCUGCCUUUGAAGGUUCAAUUCUGUAUAAAGUGGCACCAACCAAGAUUGACAGCUACAGACGCUAUAACAGCUUAAGAGAUGCUGCAGGCUCUGAAAGUGACGGUGGUGACUCAAGCAGCACAAAAUCAGAAGGUGCCAAUGGGGCAGCAACAAUCCAACCCAAAAAGGUCAAGGGGAUUGGUUUUGGUGACAUUUUCAAGGACAAACCUAUAAAACUACGGCCAAGAUCAAUUGAAGUAGACAAUGACUUUCUGCCUGUUGAAAAGACGGUUGGAAAAAGAAUAACUACAGCUACAAUUCAGGAGCCGUCGAAAAUAGAAUUGGACAGCAGAACAAAGAUAAAGGAGUAUUGCAAAGUAAUAUUUCCAUAUGAAGCACAGAAUGAAGAUGAACUGACAAUCAAAGAAGGUGAUAUUGUCACUCUUGUCAAUAAGGAGUGCAUCGAUGCUGGCUGGUGGGAAGGAGAACUCGGUGGCAAACGAGGAGUCUUUCCUGAUAACUUUGUUAAACUUCUUCAUUCUGAUUUUGAAAAAGAGCGACCUAAGAAACCACCACCUCCAUCGGCUCCUGCCAUCAAACAAGGAUUAGCUAUCACAGAUAGAAAGCAUGAAAUAAAAAAAGUACCUCCUGAAAGACCAGAAUGUCUUCCUCAUCGAACAGAAGAAAAAGAAAGACCAGAGAGAGAUCAAAAACUGUUAGAUUUACAGAAGCCUUCUGUUCCUGCAAUACCACCGAAGAAACCUCGACCACCGAAAACAAACUCUUUGAACAGGCCCGGUACGUUGCCUCCAAGAAGACCAGAAAGACCAAUUGUGCCUAUGACCCAUACAAGGAGUGAUAUUCCAAAAUUAGACAUAGUGGGUUGUACACUAUCCAGCACCUUAGAGAAAGACGCCACAGAAAGAAGCAAUGACAUUGAUCUGGAAGGGUUUGAUUCUGUAGUACCCAUUGCAGAGAAACUCAGCCACCCAACAACUACCAGACCGAAAGCUACUGGCAGAAGACCGCCAUCUCAGUCAUUUACAUCUUCUUCACUUUCAAGUCCUGACUUUUUUGAUUCACCAAGUCCUGAAGAUGAGAAAGAAGAACACAUCUCACUUCCACACAAAGUAGCUGAACCACUGAAGAAAGCAAAGACUGUUACAAUAUCACUAGUAUCUGAUAACAAAACUUCACUGCCUACCAAGCCAGGGAGCUUGAUAAGUGGAAGCAAUGUUCCAUCAUCAUUAUCAUCUUCAUCUUCAUCAGCAUUUCACUCAGUUUCAGUAGGAGCAGCGGGCCAUCGAUCAAAUUCCCCAUCUUUGUUCAGUACUGAAGGAAAGCCAAAGACUGAUCAGUCCAGCCAAAGUGAAGCAGCUUUGGAAGAGCUGAGAACACAAGUCAAGGAGCUGCGAACUAUCAUUGAAACAAUGAAAGAUCAGCAGAAAAAAGAAAUUAAACAGUUGCUGUCUGAAUUAGAUGAAGAAAAGAAGAUCCGGCUACGAUUACAGAUGGAGGUUAAUGAUAUAAAGAAAGCUCUUCAAUCAAAGUGAAUACCUGAUUGGUGGAAUGUUGCAUUAUUCAUCCUGACACAGACUUGGAUUUAUGCCCCAGAUAAAAUAACUUUGUGCCAAAUGAUUUAUGAUCUGCCUCUAACAUCCCUUUGUUUGAACAACUAGCACAAGAGUUUUGAUAGCACAACACAAGUUCCAGAGAAGAGGGGAAAUUCCUUGUGAUAUGGCUGGUUGGUUAUGGCACUGGGUUUUGAUUGAAAUUGUUCUUACUGUGCUAAAAUCUUCUCUAUGUUCACAAAACAAACUGAAAACUCAGGCAGUUUAGUUCAUAGUGGUACUAUUUUAACGAUAUUUUCCAUAAGUAAUAUGUACUUCAGGUUUAUCAGUUUACAAGUUUUAUGAUUUUGACUUUUUAAAUUGUCUUUUGUCACAAAUUCUUAAAACGUUUGUACUGCAUAUAUCUAGAAAUAAAUGUUGGCAUUGGGGGAGGG